AUGGAGCUCAAACCAGCAGAAGAGUUAAUAGACAUGUUAGCAAGUAGUACCGGAACUAGGUCCAAAAUACGAAAAGCUACGAAAUCAGCACAAGUAACCGAUUUAGAAGCGGUACCUGACAAAACUGCACAAGCACGUAGUAGUGAGCAGGCUCAGUUAGUUAGUUCAGGUACAAAUAGAAGGCCAAAAAUAGGGAAAAUAACUCAAGCUGAAAAAGAUUUUGGAAACAAUAGUAUCCAAAGAUCACUGAGUUUUGACAGCAAAAUAGACCACUUGUUGUUAAUGGAAAGUAGUGAAAUGAAUCAGCCAGCUAAUGUGAAAGGUAAAGGGAAAGAUCAAUAUCAGGAAACCUCAACAGAACCACCCCCAAAACCGGCGAGCAUACCGGGCUGGCCACCAUGUCACCGCUCCACGUUCACUUCAAGGUUACUUCGCCCACCGAAGACCGGACACAGCACACCAUACUCGCAAAAUCCUUAUAGAAACGUUAGAGAGAUUGUAACCCUUUUGCCUGAGUUCAAUCCGUCAAGCGACAAAUCUCUUAUGCCAAAUCAGUUCAUAAAACGCAUCGAUAUGUUACGAACUACAUAUCGUUGGGACGAUCAAACAUUAGUAUUUGCAGUGCAACAAAAAUUGCAAGGAUACGCAAAAUAUUGGGUUGAUUCGCAAGAAGUGUUUCUUUCUUGGACGGAAUUUGCUACAAAAUUUUUGAAAGACUUUGCUUCUACAGAAAACAUAGCAGACAUAUACAUCAAAAUGUCCCAAACAAAGAGACAAUUUAAUGAAAGUCCGCAAGAAUAUUACUACAAAAUGAUGUCUUUAGGUACUCGUGGAAACGUACCCGAAAAUGCAACUGCUCGGUAUAUAAUUAAUGGCAUCAAUGAGCCACGCUUAAAGCAGAAAAUCUCGAUUAAAUACACUCUCUGUAAUGAACUAUUAAGUGAUAUAAAUAUUUAUACUGUAUAUAAUGAUGUUCAGAACUUUGACGAAAAACCAAAACCUAAAUACCCGGUAAAUACUAAUCACGAUCUUAGAGACAAUUCUAAGAUACAAACGCUCCAUAAUAAGGAAAGCGAGACGACUAGAAAAGUCAAAUGCUUCAAUUGCUCUAGAAUAGGCCAUUAUUCAAACAAGUGUCCUGAACCACAACGUAAAGAGCGUUGUUCCAUAUGCAAUUGCACUACGCAUAAGGAGACCGAUUGUCCUAGUAAGAAAAACAAUGCCGAGAAUAGACCAACGGUUAACAAAAUUGAAAAUCCUGGUAGUGCAUACACUCUAAUUCGGGAGACAUUUGCAAAAGAUUUUAAAAAUAAAAUAUUGCGUUGUUCUGUAACUUUGAGUGGUUUCGCCGAUGGAAAAUUUAUUUGCACCUCUAAAAUAAAUGCUGUUGUAGAAUUUGAUAAUAACGAAUUUAUAACCGAUUUGUUGAUCGUGGAUGACGGAAAAAUACCCGAAAAUAUUUUGCUGGGUCGUGAUGUAUUGUGCCGUGAAGGUAAACGUCUUAUCAUAGAGGGAGACAAAUGUCAUAUAGAAGAUCUGCAAACAUCGGUAGAAAUACCGUCGGAUGCACGCAAACAACUUAAAGAUCUACUCUCAACGUACUGUGGCGUUUUUGUAGAAAGUAUGCCUGAACUAGGCAAAUGUGUUAUCAACAAAAUGAGUAUUAAAGUAAACACUGACGUACCUAUUCGGGCAAAACCAUAUCGGAUAGCAUUUGCCAAACGCAAAAUCGUUUCGGACAUUGUUCUUGAUUUGCUUAAAAAUGACAUCAUACGUCCUUCGUCAUCACCGUAUGCCUUACCCGUGGUUCUGGUAGAAAAGAAAAAUGGUAAGCAUCGACUCUGA